UAUGUAACUGGAAUUAUAAGAAGAUGUAACGUUUACAUAGAUUAAGGGUUGUAAUAUCGAUGUACGAAUCAAGUCUUCGAAGUUGAAUCUCGCAAAAUCCCACGAAAUAUUAAGGUCUAACGAAGAUUAAUCCCUAAUGAUUAAGAAAUAACAUAUCGUUCGCUGUAUUUGUAUUUCGCAAUUAUUUGUAAAACAACAAAGGUUUCCACGAGAUCGUUCGACGUAUUGUAGAGUCGAAAAAAAUUAAUCAUAAUUAAGUUUGGUGGCUGGAAAAUUUGGCGCUCGAUCAAAGAGAGUGCGUGAUCGGCGUAACAAAUACUAUGGACGCGCGACCGGAAUACAAGGUUAUGGACCCGGUUCCUUUGAACCAGGACUCCGGAUUGGUUCGUCGAGGUAACGGCACUUCGAUAUCUACCGCGCGGUUACGAUCGAAGUUGGUCUCUGCCAGACACUCGAGUGCGGUUCGUGAAUCGCGACCAGCGUUCUUUUUUCCACUAAAUCGUGAAACGAUGUCGUGCCGGGAUCGAGACGGUUGAUGGAGUCUGGUAAGAGAUAGCUAUCCAUUUUUCAUUCGAAAUUAUUCGCUGCUCUCUGUUUUUGUUUUUGAUUGUGAAUCGAACAAGGCGCAGCUAUUUUGACAGAACGCGAAUGGCGCUACGGUAUCCGUCAAUAAUUCGUUUGUUCGUUUUGGUUCUUUGUUUCGUGUGAAUGACGUAUCGAGGGAUAUUGUUUGACGAGCGUUUCACGUGAAACUAGUGUCGAUAAAGAAACGUGACUGCAGGUACAACAUUCAGGUGAGAAGCAUGCGACUAGUGCAAUUGCUGGUAACACACGGUCUGGUGCUGUUGUUGACGCUGUUGGUACCCUGUCUAUCGGUUACCUUUGAGGAUGGAACUUCCUAUGAGCGCUCGGAAGCGCGCGAGAACCACGUGCCAGAGCCGCCAGAGCCGCAAGAGCAGGUCGUUUUCAAUAAAACGCGUCAAGGUAAAGGACUUUUCGACUGGAUCGGUCUAGGCACAGGACGAAAUGUAGAUCCAUACAUAGCGAAAAUAAAUCAAGGCUGCUUAAACGGCGACCUGGCGGAAUGUUUCAAAUCUCAGGCUUUGAGUUAUUUCUCCGAUUUCUUUGAUCACUCUCAUUACGACCUGAAUGAUUAUGUAAAGGUCGUUAGAAUGUCCAGGGACGUGGUACAGGAAGUCAAUCGUCAGCCGUACGAAUAUUCUGGGGAAUCAAGGUCUAGCGACUCUGAAUGGGAUCAACUGAUGAAAUUCGUUCUUAGAAAGGCGGAAAAAUUCGUGAAAACCGUGGCUAUCGAGUUGCACAUCCCUUCCGAAGAAACUGGAGAAAAUGAAGUGUACGCUCCACGGUUUUUGGAUGAAAUUGCCGACGAAAUUGACACUCUUGAGAAUAAAAAAGACACUCUCUUCUCCCGUCAUCAAUUGAAGAAACUCCUUAUUCCAAUGCUCAUCGUACUGAAGCUCUUCAAAUUGAAGUUACUCCUGUUUCUACCUCUGAUCCUGGGUUUAGCGUCUUUCAAGAAAUUCCUCGGUUUCUUAGCCAUUGUGAUACCUGGUCUAAUUGGAUUUUUCAAGUUGUACAAGCCACUCACGCAGAAUUAUCAUCCACCAGUGUAUAGUCAGAGCGGUAUAGCUUAUCCUUAUUACAAAGAAAAUUCCAAUAGUUAUCUUUAUCCUGAACAGGAUGACCACCAUGGUCUCGAGUAUGCAAGUGGAUAUCACAGAGAUAGCAGCGUAUCUUUUGGUCAGGAUCUUGCUUAUCGAGGCUAUCGGCAAUACCAAUCAUAAAAACACUCAAUUUAAAAAAUUGUUUUACAUUGCCUUUCUUCGCUCUCUUUCUUAAUGUUAAAGCACCUGAUAGUAUUAUGAUAUUUGCGUUGAUUAUAACCAUUUCUAUCUUUAUAUGAUCGCGUUAAAGUCUUUGAGAUAAGAAAUUUUUGAGAAACUCUAAUUCGUAAGAAUUUAUAUGUAAAUUUUCGAUAUGAAAAUUUACGACACAAGCUCUCUUCCUAGAUUAGAAAUUAUAUUAUGCUGGGACGCGUUGCCAUUGUUGAACAGCCAAGCUCUAGCUGGUGUACAAGCUCUAGCUGAUCAGCCAUGUUUUUGGUUAUAAUAGGCGAAACUUUUAAUUGAUCUAUUAAGUUCUGUAUAUAUUACUGAAGUGCGAAUGUAGAUACUUGCAUGAUCAAUGGAAAGUACUAUUCUUAUGUUAUACGUGUGCUAUUAUUUAUUGUGUACGCCGUUUAAAGGUUUGUAAGCCUAGCUUUAUAAUAUAAUUAGUUAUUAUUAAU